GUGCUCCACCGAUAAUAUUUAAGUAUAAGAUCGUGGUCACUUAAUAAGGAUGUGGUCGAAGGAGCUUCGUACUGGUCGUGACUGCCACCUUAGACUAAUAUGAAUCUUAUCAGGUAACUACUUACUAUGUAUUUACAUGUUCAACAUCUUCGCGUUUCUUCGGCUACUUGUGUUGUAUUCGUGCUUCUUUGCUUCUUCAGCCCAUUAAAUAGUUUUUAUGAACAUGGUAUAUACAGUGACCGUUGUUAA